CAUGCGUCUAUCAUAGGUCGAAAAUGCGACCCCCGAGGCGAUCUCCUACCUCCCGACGCACCGCCCUUUCCUCUUCCUCCGAGAGCAGCAGACGACUGGUUCCCCUUCCGCAACCGGAUAGAGUUCGAAACAGCCGACUUCCUCUACAGGCGCGCGCAGGCUCCUGCCGGGGAAAUCGAUACCAUCAUGGACCUCUGGGCUGCCACUCUCAGGAAGCAUAACGACAUCCCCCCCUUUGCCGACCACGAGGACAUGUACUCGACCAUAGACACGAUUCAAGCGGGCGAUAUCCCAUGGCAAUCCUUCGCAAUGUCGUACAAGGGCGCGAAGCCAACACGCAAUAUACCCCCUUGGAUGGAGGACACUUACGACGUGUGGUUCCGCGACCCACAUGUUGUUGUGAAGAAUAUGCUCGCGAACCCGGACCUCCAAGGUGGCAUGGACUACAGCCCUUAUCGAGACUUCGACAUCUCGGGUACCCGCCAAUGGGAGCAUAUGUUCUCGGGGGACUGGGCUUGGGAUCAGGCAGAUGAGAUUGCAAAGGAUCCGACGACAGCCGGAUCCACGUUCGUACCUAUCAUCUUAGGCAGCGACAAGACCACGGUCUCCGUCGCGACAGGUCACACCGAGUACUACCCUCUAUAUCUUUCCAUCGGUAACGUUCACAACAACAUCCGUCGAGCGCAUCGCAACGCGGUCGCUCUCAUAGGGUUUCUUGCCAUUCCGAAAACUAAUCAGAGCUUCGCUGGUGAUCCCGCCUUUCGACACUUCCCUCGACAACUGUACCACACCUCGCUCGCGAGGAUUCUGCGCUCCCUACGGCCCGGUAUGACGGAAUACGAAGUCGUCCGGUUCGGCGACGGCUACUACCGCCGCGUGAUCUACGGUUUAGGGCCGUAUAUCGCUGACUACCCCGAACAAGCACUCUUAGCGUGCAUUGUUCAGGGAUGGUGUCCGAAGUGUCUCGCAUUUCGAGACGACCUCGACAGCAGCGAUCCGGUGUUGCUACGUAGUCAAGACCACAACGACGUCUUGAUCAACGAGUUUGAUUUCGGAUCACUCUGGGAUUACUACGGUGUCAUAGGAAACACAGUCCCGUUCACUAACGACUUUCCCCGAGCGGAUAUACACGAGCUGAUAUCCCCCGACAUUCUGCACCAACUCAUCAAGGGCACGUUCAAAGACCACCUCGUCGAGUGGGUGGUCAACUACCUUCACAAGGUUCAUUCGAAGGCGGAUGCACUAGCGAUCCUGGACGACAUUGAUCGAAGGAUUGCUAUAGUUGCGCCAUUCGCGGGUUUACGUCGGUUCCCCAACGGUCGCGGGUUCAAGCAGUGGACGGGGGACGAUAGCAAAGCGCUUAUGAAGGUCUACAUUCCCGCAAUCGAAGGACACGUACCUCAAGACGUUGUCCGUACAUUUCGCGCCUUUCUAGAGUUCUGUUAUCUAGUCAGGCGCGAUGUCAUCACAGAGGAGAGUCUGACACAGAUCAAGGACGCGUUGGAGCGUUUUCACAGGUAUCGCACCAUAUUCCAGACUCUCGGGGUCGCCGCGUCCAUAUCCCUUCCACGACAGCAUUCGCUUAUGCACUACCUCAAGAUGAUUCAGCUAUUUGGGGCGCCGAACGGCUUGUGCUCGUCAAUAACCGAAUCGAAGCACAUCAAGGCCGUUAAGGAGCCGUGGCGGCGGUCUAGCCGCUUCAACGCCCUCAAGCAGAUGCUAUUAACAAACCAGCGUCUCGACAAGCUCGCUGCUUGCCGGGUCGAAUUUCAGGCGCGGGGGAUGUUGAACGACGGGCUCGUCUCGGAUGAACUGCGUGCUCGUGGCUUGGUUGGAGGCAGUGUCGAGGAAGAGGAGGAGGAGGAGUUCGACGACGAAGUUGAGGCCAAGGUUCGGCUCGCAAGGGUUGUUGCUCGUCAACGAGCCCACAAUAUGUCCCAGCUUGCGGACGAGCUGAGACUGCAGGAAUUCGACCUAUACUACCAGGUUCGUUGCUUCCUGUAUCACCAACUCCGCCCGCUCGACACUGCGGACGUGUCGACUGUCCCUCUGUCCCGCCUCCCUGCCUUUGACGAAUCCGACCGCAUCUACAUGUUCACCUCGGCGAUUGCGACCUUUCGGGCACCGAGCGACAUUUGUAGGGUGGACGGGUUGCGUAGCGAACGCAUCCGUUCGACGCUCAACUGGCGGGGAGAAGCUGCACGACAUGACUGCGUGUUCGUGUCAACCAACAAAGAGAUCAAAGGUAUGUUAGGGAUGGAAGUCGCCCGCGCCCUAGCCUUCUUCUCUUUCGACUACAACCGAAAAACCUAUUCGUGUGCCCUCGUGCACUGGUUCUCGCGAGUCCGGGACACACGAGACGAGAAUACCGGCAUGUAUGCUGUAUGCCCCGACGUUCACGACGACGGGCAGCCAAAGCUGGCUGUUAUCCCCGUCAGUACAUUAGUCCGUGCCGCACAUCUCAUACCAUUCUAUGAUGACUUUCGUGUACCGAAAACCCUUAAGCAUUACCAUUCUUACGAUACAUUUGACGGCUUUUACGUUAACCGAUACGCUGACCAUCACUCUUUUGAGAUUGCAUAA